CAUCUUUGUUUCAAUCACCCACGUUAGAUUACAACUACAAUAGCGUACAAAAAGAAUAAACGAAGGAAGAUUUGUGGGUCGGUUACAUUACCAAGUGUCUCUCUCUUACCUCAUUUAACUGUUUGCCGUUUGUUUUUCCUCUUCAAAAUUUGUUUUCUCAAACAUUGAUGAUUUGAUUCAAUUACUUAAACCACAUUCACAUUCACACUCACACUAUUCACUCAAUUUAUCUCAACAACCACAACUAUGCCUAUCUAGACAUCGUUUCUUGAUUUUGAUGGCUCUUGACUCAGUUAUUAAAGCUACAUUCUUCUGGGGUUGUUCCAAUUCCAAACCUCAUCCUCAAUUGGGUUCUCAUUCCUUGCUCAUUGGGAAUCUGAGAAAUGAUUUUCUUCGUAGAUGUUGUUAUUUGGCUGUUUUAGCUCAGAAAGCUACCAUUCCUGUUGAAGAUGAAAAACCUUUGCUUCAUUCUCCUAAUCCCGCUGCUGCUCAUGAUCAUGAUGCCCUUCUCCUCAAUCACUCCAACGGCUUUCACAAGGACAUCAACAUGCUUCCCAAGCCAUUAACGGCAACUGAUGUUUCUUCUUUGGCUAGUGAUGGAUCGAAGGUGCGCGUGGCUUAUCAGGGACUUCCGGGAGCAUAUAGUGAAGAUGCAGCUUUGAAAGCGUAUCCAGAAUGCGAGACUGUGCCAUGUGACGAGUUUGAAGCGGCAUUUAAGGCAGUUGAAUUGUGGUUGGUAGAUAAAGCGGUUCUACCAAUUGAAAAUUCUGUGGGCGGAAGCAUCCACCGCAAUUAUGACUUACUUCUUCGACAUAGGUUGCACAUUGUUGGGGAGGUUCAGUUGCAUGUUAACCAUUGUCUCUUAGGGUUACCUGGCGUGACAAAAGAGGAGCUCAAAAGUGUCGUUAGUCAUCCUCAGGCUCUUGCUCAAUGUGAGAUGGUGCUUAAUGAUUUAGGUGUUGACAAAAUUGGUGCACAUGAUACUGCUGCUGCUGCUCAGACAGUGGCCAUAAAUUGUGUAAGACACACUGGAGCUAUUGCAAGUACGCGAGCUGCAAAAGUAUAUGGCCUGGACGUUCUUGCAGAAAGAAUUCAGGACGAUGACGUAAACAUUACCCGUUUCUUGGUCCUUGCAAGGGAGCCAAUAAUUCCAGGAACCGACCGGCACUAUAAGACUAGCAUAGUUUUCAGUAUAGAAGAAGGUCCUGGUGUACUAUUCAAAGCUCUAUCAGUGUUUUCUAUGAGGGAUAUUAAUUUGUCAAAGAUAGAGAGUCGCCCAUUGAAGCAGCGCCCAUUAAGGGUUGUUGAUGAUUCGAAUGAAGGGAGUGCCAAGUAUUUCGACUACCUCUUCUACAUCGAUUUUGAAGCUUCAAUGGCCGAACCUCGUGCACAAUAUGCUUUAGCACAGUUGCAGGAAAUUGCGAGAUUUCUUCGAGUUCUUGGUUGUUAUGCAAUUGAUACAGUUGUAUAGAAUUUGAUCAAUGAGUUUUAAGGUGCAAUAGAAGAUGCUGUUUGUUUUACUGACAGCAUAAGCGACUAGGCUACUACUGGAUGCAAAGGGAGAAAAGCAUUGCACCAUCCAUGCAAAAUUAUUUGGAUCUCCUAAGGAGUUUCGUCAUAGUUCACCUUAGGGUGAAUGCUGGUGCAGCCGCAGACAUCGUCGUUUUGCUAUUUAUAUUAUACUAUACAUAUAUCAUCAUUCGUUCGCGCAUAUAUUGUAUAGAGCACCGUUACAGACCAAAGUUUGUUACCUUGAACAGAAAAAACUCCUGGACACUAUGUUCCUGGACCUCCCUUUAAACUUUGUUGCAGGUCCCUUUUAUUUAAAUAAAAAGAAAACAAUUUUGAUGCAGAGUAAA